AUGGUUACUUCCUAUCCUUUACCGGAGGGAUUCUCUGACUUCGAUGUGUUCUCCUUGGGGUCUUGUCUUCUCGUGGAGGGUCUCCUUGGAUUUUUCCUGAAUGCUGUCACGGUUGUUGCUUUCCUUAAAAUACGAGAAUUACGGACCCCAAGUAAUUUCCUUGUGUUUAGUUUGGCUUUGGCUGAUAUGGGAAUUUCUAUGAAUGCCACCGUUGCCGCAUUUUCAAGCUUUCUGAGAUACUGGCCUUAUGGAUCAGAUGGGUGCCAGACCCAUGGUUUCCAGGGCUUCGUGACUGCUUUGGCCAGUAUCCACUUCAUUGCCGCCAUAGCCUGGGACAGAUAUCACCAGUACUGCACCAGAACGAAGCUGCAGUGGAGCACGGCCAUCACCUUGGUGAUCUUCAUCUGGCUGUUCACUGCCUUCUGGUCAGCAAUGCCUCUGAUUGGCUGGGGAGAGUAUGACUACGAACCUCUGAGGACCUGCUGCACUCUGGACUACAGCAAGGGCGACAGGAACUACGUGUCCUACUUGAUCCCUAUGUCCAUCUUCAACAUGGCCAUCCAGGUGUUUGUGGUGCUGUCCUCCUACCAGGCCAUCGACAAGAAGUUCAAGAAAACAGGCCAGGCCAAGUUCAACUGCAGCACCCCACUGAAGACCAUGCUGCUCUGUUGGGGACCCUAUGGAAUUCUGGCUUUCUAUGCCGCCGUGGAGAACGCCAACCUGGUUUCUCCCAAACUGAGAAUGAUGGCUCCCAUUCUGGCCAAGACUUCUCCCACCUUCAACGUGUUUGUUUACGCCCUGGGUAACGAGAACUACAGGGGCGGCAUCUGGCAGUUCCUCACAGGGCAGAAGAUCGAAACACCUCAAAUUGAAAACAAGUCCAAAUAA